GCCGGAAUGGUGGAUCACGUGCAGAAGUGGUCACGUGCAUUUACGUUACACCGCAUGAACUUUGUCAGCAAUCACGUGGCGAUUACAAUGCCACUUCGCUCCGUCUUUUCCUUUUCAGUCAGCCCAAACCACCUUCCAUCCACCUUCUUUCUCCGCCCGCUCAGAUCCUAUCAUCUAUCCUUCAUUUCAAUUCCAUACUCGCCCGCUGUCCAAGCCUGGAACGUUAUUUCGUCUGAGUUUCCUUGAUUUGUACCCUUUACCGCCAGGCCGAUUUGGGGAACUGUUGUUGAUGCCACUGCUCCGGAGUCUUUUGCCCCUCUGACCUUUCAAUCCCCUCUCGAGCAACAAGGAGUCGCUCCGCGCAUGGAAGCCAACGCUUCUGAUGGCGUAGCUGUGUCCGACAGAGCCUGUCAUUCCUGCAGGCAACGCCGGGUCAAGGUAAGAGUAUCCGGUACUAUCCCACGGCUGUUCUCGUCGCUCACGGCCACUAGUGUGAUAAGAGAAUUCCGGGGUGUCUACGAUGCGAGAAAUUGGGCAGACCAUGUACUGGCUAUGAUACCGAGCGCAAAUUCCUGGAUGAGGGUGUCAAGGUCCGAAGGAAGUAUGAUGGCAAUUAUCAACCUAUGCCAGAUCUCUCGAGGAGGCCUGUCAACACUCCUCCCGCAAGUACUAUAGUCCCAAUUACGCAACAAGAGCCUCAACAGACCAACACCCCUCCACACCAGGGGUUUCCAACCCAAGGCCAUGCCAACAACGCUCUUCCGGACAUCAUUUCACCGCCAAUCUCGACUCCCCUCACUCUCCCGGGCAUAGCAUCACUCAGCCCCAGAUUAUCGGGGCCAAAUACUCAAUAUCCUCUGUUCGGUGUUAGUCAAGCACAAAGUCCAGGCUUCAACGUGUUUUCUGGCCAGCCACCUCAACCAUUCUUUGCGUCUGCAUCUCCUCAGCCACCAGCCAGCCGGCCUGUUUCACUUCCUUCGAUCGGUAACCAGCAUACUCCGCAACAACUGGACCAAUUCCAGUACGGCCAAGAACAAGGCACAGCCAAGUUGUUGCGUGGCAAACCGCAAUAUGCGCCAUCAGAGACCGAUACCUAUGUCAGCGAAGACUACUUCGACCUAGACAUUGACACAUAUUACGCCAACGGCAACAAUGCCUGUGGGUUUAUCCCAGGUCUUCCAGUGAUCCUUACCGACACCAACGAGCCUGAAACCGACGAGGACCUGCUCACCAACGACUAUGCCUCUCUCAGCGGGAGGUCGUCAGUCUAUGACAGCUCUGAAGGAGGACGGAAGCGACCGGAGUAUAGCCAGAAGUAUCUACACGAACGCACGACGGAAUUGGCUGCGCUGACCAGGCAUUUUGUACAAGCAGUAUCGCCUUCAAUGGACCUUUUCGAUCUGGAUACCUACUUCAGCCGAAUAGUACCGUUGAAAGCAGUCCAAAACGUAAUGCUAAGGUCCGCCAUGGCGGCUGUCGCUGCGAACCAGAUCGGUCAGCUUCUGGCCAGAGGCGUGUCCAAACACGACUUGCAGCAUCUCGUGCCGUUGUUGGGGGAAGAAGGUAGUUUGCAGCAUACCGAUUGGUUCUAUAAGGCGGCAAACUACUACGAUAGGGGUAUAUCCUACCUGAGGAUUUUCUUGCAACGCUGGUUGAGCGACUCCAGCAAUGACCUGACUGGACAUGCCUCCAGAUAUAAUGCCACAAGGAUGUUUCCCGAUGCCGGCAAUAAAGAGCCGUCCGCAAUCAGUGGCUCCAACAAAAGGCGGCGCAUAAGCGAGCAGUCGUCUGCUGGAGCAGACAUGGAGGCUUUGGUCGCCGCCAUAUCAGUUUUCUCCUUGUAUGAGUCCUUGGACAACCCGACGAAGGAUUGGUCACAGCACCUUGACGGGUUCAAAGCGCUGUUAGAUACCAAAAUUCUUCCACAGGCGGUUACGAACCCCAGUCCCAGGGCCAAUCCGUUCAUCUCAUUGAAAGCCAGCCGAGCAGCAUUCUGGAACUUUGCACGAGCAGACUAUUUGGCAGCUUAUGUCAAUCGUUCCAAGACCCGGUUGGACCCUGACAGUCUGACUAUGUGGAAAGCCCUGGGCCUACCCGUAACUGAUGAUGGUACGCUAACCUAUAGUGAUCCUUCGACACCAGUUAAUUCUAUUGUGUCAUACCAGCCAGGGGACCGCGAAGACAUGGUGGCUUGUACUCUCAUUUGGAUAGUAUUACGGAUCAUGAAUUUCGUUGCUCCUCAGGACGAGGCGGCAAACAACUCAUCAGGCACCCCAAGCGUCUUUGACAGUCCUGGUACGCUGGGUUUCCGGUCGCCCUCAGAGACCGGCACACCCACGCCAGUGCAGAAUCGAAUUACUCGAUGGAAACAAUUACGCCGGCAAUUGGAGGAUUGGUAUGACAACCUGCCCUUUACAUUCCAGCCGUACGCAAUGAUGGGUGCUGUGGCUCAACAUCCAUACGAGCAACCUCCGGAGGCCAGACCACGAUUUACACGGAUUUUCUUCAGCGUGCCCAUGUGCGCGGCAGCACUACAACUUUACCAUUUUGCGCAGAUAUUGCUCCUUCUUAAGCAGCCGGUGGACGAAAGCGAUUCGAGGUUCAUGGCCAACCGGCUACGUAUGUUCAGAAAAGUCUCGGAAGAGUCGGAACAUCAUAGUCGCCAGAUUUGCGGCAUCGCCCUGGGCAAGCCACCCCCAGCUGUGAGUAGACAGAUGGUCCAUUCACUUCACCUGGCUGGGCUGUGCUUCGAAGAGAAAGAAGACAGGUUCGUGGUUCUGGAAUUGCUGGGAAAUAUUGAAAAAGAGACGGGAGCAUCCACUGCGCAACGAGUCAGAGAACUGCGAGAGGCAUGGGGCUGGGGUUCUGAAAUCCGGGAAGUCGACUGAUCUGGGACAUUGGUAAUUUGGCCCGCCGGAGGAUUCCUCGUUGCCUCAAUUGAAAGUGCACAAGGUGGAAAUUCACCCUCUUGGGCCCAAUUGAGACGUCUCACGAAAGCUCCUCUACAAAUCUCACUGCGGACUCCAGAAGCCGUGGAUUUGGGAAUUUGAGCUAUUACUAGUAUGCUCUCCCCUGCUGGAUGGGUAGCUGAUACGGCAGAGUCAAAAGCAUGGCGUUAGGGGCGCAAAUUUGAGAAAGUAUCCUACUCGGUAACUACUAGUAUUUUGCGGGUGCUUGAUUGGCUCUCCAUGAUAAAUCUAGGAUUGAAUUGGACAUGACUGUCUCUCAACUAUUGAACUGAGAUGCAAUUGUACUUAAUUGAGAUAUUUGAUUUAGUAGCUCUACUCGAACUGGAUCUGCUACGUGCUUUGGACAGAUACUAGUAUCACUCUCCAAUCCACUCUCCGUUCUGUUACAGCGAGUAGACAAAGGUG